AUGGACCGCCGGCCAGACUCGACGGGCCUUGGGCCCCGUCAUGACCCGAACUCCCGUGUUACCAAGCCCGAAUCGGCCGCUGAUAAAAUGGCUGCUCUCAAAGCAAGAGUCGCAGCGGCGAUAGGAGGUACCAAGGCAAAGGGAGGUCUUAAUGUCGGGUUGCACCCAGUCCUCGAGGGCCUCGGCCAAGCAAAGCCUCCAGGCAGAACAGGCGAUGCGAAGCCAUCGGGUAGCCGGUCGCAGUUUGAAUCAGGUUCUGCUACUGCGUCUAGCUACAGGAUGCCAGACAAGUCAGGGCGCGGCCGCGACGGACCGCAAUCGAACCCGUACUUCAACGAGCAACUAGCAGCACAGCCCGCAGGCGGAAAACAGCGACAAGCCCGGCCGCUACACUUUCACCCCAAGGGCAAAUUCAUCCAGCAGGCUGCCGCGCUGCGGCGACAGGCUGCCUUGGAGGAAAUGAAAAAGCGGAUUGCGGCACAGACCAGGAAGGCUGGGAUCGAGGAUGAGCUGGACAUGGAGAAGAAUCUCGUUAUCGAACCGCCUCCAGAUAUCGAAUGGUUUGACGAAGGGCUGGUAGAUGGCACGUACGACAACAUCGGGGACGAGGCCCGCCUUAAGAUCAACAAGGAAGACACCAUUGUCACCGAAUACAUCCAGCACCCCGUCGCGCUGGAGCCACCACAAGAGAAGAACGCACCAGCAGUGAAGCCGAUGUAUCUGACAUCAAAGGAGCAGAAAAAGCUCAGGAGACAGAGGAGAAUGGCGGAGCUCAAGGAACAGCAGGCAAAGAUCAGGCUUGGACUGGUGCCAGCACCACCUCCCAAGGUCAAGAAGAGCAAUAUGAUGCGUGUGUACGCAGAUUCGGCAGUGAAGGAUCCGACGGCUGUGGAAAACCUCGUCAACCGGCAGAUUGCGGAACGCCAGCAGAACCACCUGCAGACUAAUGAGGAGCGCAAGCUCACCAAGGAAGAGAAGCACGACAAGCUCGCCACAAACCAAGAAAAGGAUGCCGCCAAGGGUAUCCAUGUUUUGGUCUUGAAGAUCAACAGUCUCGCGAACGGCCAACACCGAUUCAAGAUUCAAAAGAACGCCGAGCAGCACGCGCUCACGGGGAUCUGCAUCAUGCACCCCAAGAUGAACCUUGUUAUUGUAGAAGGGGGCGAGCACAGCAUACGCAAGUAUAAAAGGCUCAUGUUGGACCGUAUCGACUGGACGGAGAACACGCCGUCUCGAGAGGGCAACACACAGAAGCAGAUGCGCGAAUGGUUGGUGGCAGAGAAUGAGAAGGGAGACCUCAAGGACAUGUCGCACAACGAGUGCAAGCUAGUGUUUGAGGGCGAGGAGAAGACGAGGGCCUUUCGCAAGUGGGGAAACAAGGUGUGCGAAUCCGAUGCAGAGGCCAAGGACGCGUUGACUCGGGCCAAGAUGGAGAAUUUUUGGGCGCUCGCGAAGACUAUGUAA